AUGUUCCGCAAGAGGGCCUCUGCGGUGGCGCGGCGCUCUGUGGUGAAGACGAUGAACAACACCGGCGACACGGACGAGACCCUCUCGCAGAUCCUCCACGUCUUCCGUGAGAGAGCGGUGCCCUUCUCGGAUGUGGAUGAGACCUUCGAGGAUCGAGCCGCAGCAGCCGUGAGGCGGCCGUCUAUUCUCACUUGCAAAGCCUUCGCCGCCUCACUGGUCUGCCCGAAGAAAUUUCAUCUCCUGCAGAACCGCCCUGAUUUAGUUCCACACAUCUCCAUUGGGGAUGCUGUACAUCUUGACGAUGGAGCGGCAUUUAAUGAACUUGCAAGGCGGUGGGAUAGACUGCAGUUUGGAAGCCGCGCGGUGGUUGUGCAUGAGCGAGACUUUGAUCAGGCUGUGCAGCGAACAGAAAGUGUGCUUGUAAAAUACUUUCAGACCGUAUAUGCACAACUUGGGGAACAGGCACCAACACUAACAAUUCACCGUCCAGCAUUUUCUGCACCAUUUGGAGGGGAUACUUCAUUUGAUGUGAUGAAAAAUCAUCCCUCUGUACUUCGUGCCCGACCAGCGGUACUGCGUUUUCGACCAAAAGAUAAUCAAUGGGUUAUUCUUGAAACUGCUGCUAUUUUAGACCCUUUCAGUAGUGCCGCAAGCCUUGCAAAGUGUUUACAGCGAUUACACUUUACAACACUUGCCUUUCGCUACUGGGUAACACAACCGCAUAUUCCUAUACAAGUACGUAAACGUUUCCUUAAUAUUGACCUUGAUACUGUUACAGAAGAAAAUCUUAAAGGUCAUCGUCUUGAAUCUACUGCACAAGUAGCAGUUCCACUUGAUUUAAAACGCAGUGGUUUUCUUCAUAUUCGACAAUUUUUCCCAGGACCUGUAACAUUAUUAGAUUGUGACCCAUCGCGUCUUGUAAAGUACGUACAGCGACUCUCUUUAGAAGAUUUACUAGAAGCAGAUAUGUGUUCAUCUCAUCGUUCAGGAGGGGCAUUUGAUUUAAGUGGUGUUAGUGGUACUGGAAAUUCGCUUGUAAAAGAAAUACAAACAAAAAUAGAAGCUUUGCAAAAAGUAGGGCAAGAACAUCGUCAUCCUGGUAAUAGUUCAUCUAGUCGAGCUUCUAAAAAGAAGGAUAGUGAAUUAAAGGAACUGUUUAUAUCUCAACAAAAACUUAUGGAAGCUUUAAUUCUCACUCACACUCUUCCUCUUAUUGAGAAAAGUCAUGAUUCCAAAAAUGUGCAGAAGUGGGUUGCUUUUGCAAAUCUUAAUGAUGAAAAAUUGAAACCUACUUUUGCUGACGAAGAAAUAAUUGUAACAGGAGAAAAAGAAAAAGUUACAAAGAAAAAAUCUACAAAUCGUAAAAAGAAUGAAAAAGAAGAGGAAGAGAAAGAAAAAGAGAGUAGUACUACAAGUUGUGAAAAAUGUGUGAGUAUACCAGCGUAUUCGGAAUUUAUAGGUUCUCAUUGCUCCCGUGGUGAGACCUGCCCAUUCUUUACAGAAGGUAUGUGUUUACCAAAUAAAUUUGAGGAUCCACUUCGAAGACGUGAUAAUCAUCUUUUUACAGUUCCCUCUACCGCUGUUUCACGUAAGACAUUAUGGUGGUCGCAAGGUCUUCGUACUGUACGUGAUGUUUUGUAUCAUUACAAAAAGGGAACAAUAAAAUUAACCGCACCGCAACUUCGACACGUAAAAGCUGUUGCUGAAGGUAAAUUAUGUGUAAACCCGAAAGAAAUAGAAGAAUUUUUUUCUAAAAUUCGUUAUCCAGCAUUUUUUAUAGAUUUUGAAGCGACACAGUUUGCUCUUCCACCUUUUGAGAAAGUAGUCGCCUAUCAACCAACCCCAUUUCAGUUUUCUCUUGAUGUUUUUCAGGAGGAUAUAUUAAAUGAGACACCAACACACUACGACUUUCUACACUUUGGAAAAGGAUAUUCACCUAAUGUUGACCCACGUCGUGGUUGCGUUGAGGAGUUAAUGCGUAUUGUACGACUUGAACGUGAAAAAAAGAAAAAUUCUAUGAUAGCAUCAGGAGAACUGGAUCGUAUAGAAAAGCAAAAGAAACAGCAAGAAGAAGAAGAUUCAAAAGGAAAGAAAAGACGUGGAAAGCAAUCUUUAAAAUCAAAGAAUUUAAAUAUUACAAAGAAUAAUCCCUUACAAGAACCCGUGAAUCCAUAUGAUGGUUGUUUUAUUGCUCAUUUUGCUAGUUUUGAAAAAUCAUGUCUGGAGAAAUUAGGUCAAUUAAUGGAUGAACACAAGGAAGAUAUUAAACAAUUUUACUUUCUUGAUACCUUAGAUCUCUUUAAACGUGGUUUUGUUCACCCAAAUGCCCAUGGUUCUAAUUCUUUAAAAAAAGUUCUCCCCGCACUAUGCCCAGACUUUCAAUAUGGUGUAUUUGGUGAGGAAGCCUGUAGUGAUGAUAGUAACGCCAGUGCGUCUGAUACCGAUGGUGCUAGUGGCGGUAGACAAGAUGAACAAAAGGGUGAAAAUGCCAUGGGAGUAUAUCGAUUAUGGUAUCAUCAUGAGGGUGGAGGAUCACUGAAGGAUUUGCAGCAAAUCGCUUCUAGAGAUCAUCAACGAAAACAAAGUGUAAGUGGUACAGGAGAAAAACAACAAGAGCAAAUGCCACAUUUAACAGCAGUACCUCCAGCCCGACAGGAUAUUCGUGAUAAAGCGUGGGCAAUGCUGCGAAUACAAUUGUUGGAAUAUUGUUCAUUAGACACAAAGGCAUUGUAUGAAAUAAUGCGGCAAGUUUGGCUUGAGAAGGAGGCGGUGAAGGGUAUAAAGACAGAUAAGGGUGGUUGGGUUAUGGCAGAGCCACUCCCACGAGAACAUAAUUUCUAA